AUUCUAUCGGCCACUCACAUUUCCAAUGGCAUCCAACUCCAACUCUGAUGUGGUAGUAGUAAUGGUGCCCUUCCCUGAAUAUGGCCACCAAAUCCCUCUUCUCCGUCUUUCUCAACUCAUCUCUUCCUACAAUAUACCAGUUCAUUAUAUGAGUAUCGGUGCACGAAAUCAAGAACUGAAACAACGUCAACAAAACCAACAACAAUUCCCCAAAAUACAAUUUCAUAACCUUUCAAUAACAUCAAAAGAGAAUGCAGAUGAAGAGGAUUAUCUAUCUUACUUGGAAUCCUUGCUACAAAUAGGCGAGCCUCUUCGCGCGAUUUGUCACAGCAAUAAUGGUAAAAGAGUGGUCAUUAUUCAUGACGCUAUGAUGCAAUAUGUUGUUGAAACUGUGUAUACAAUAUCACACGUUGAAACAUACUUUUUCCAUGCCGUCUCUGCUUUCACUACUUACUCAAUGCUCCAACAAAUUAGAGAGGACGAAGACGAAGAAAAUGAAGAAAACAGCAAAUACAAUGAUGUCUUGUUCUCAAGUUUGCAAGCUCAUGUUCCUUCUAUUGAGAGUUGUUUCAAGCCUGGAAUGGGGGAAUUCACGAAAUUGCUACGAGAUUGUAAGUUCAAAUCUGGAGAAAUUUUGAAUACUUGUAGAGAAAUUGAAGAGCCUUACCUUGAUGCGCUCUGUAAACAGAGUGAUACUCCAUUUUGGGGUCUUGGUCCGUUUAAUCCCGUCAAUAUCGUUCAAGACACUGGUAAAAUCCACAGAUGUAUUGAAUGGCUUGAUAAACAACCAGUUAAUUCUGUCAUAUUCGUUUCGUUUGGAACUGCAAACGAUUUCUCAAUUGAACAAAUUCAUGAGAUUGCAAUUGGUCUCGAGAGAUCUGAGCAAAAAUUCAUCUGGGUUUUGAGAGGAAAAGAUAAAAAGGGGGAAAAUCUUACAAGUGAAAUUCAGGAGAUUGAGCUACCAAAUGGGUUCGAAGAAAGAGUAAAAGAAAGAGGAAUCAUCGCAAGAGAAUGGGUACCUCAAUUGGAAAUUCUAGCACAUCCUUCUACUGGUGGUUAUUUUUUCCAUUCAGGAUGGAAUUCCUUCUUGGAGAGCGCAACUAUGGGUGUACCUAUGGCAACUUGGCCAUUGAAUUCGGAUAAUCCUUACAACGAUGUGCUUAUAACGAAGGUGUUGAGAAUUGGCUUAGUGGUAAGAGAUUGGGCACACAAAGAUGAAUUGAUGAAAUCAGAUAAAAUUGAAAUUGGUGUGAGAACUUUGAUGAAUUCACCGGAAGGAGAAGAGAUGAGGCAGAGAGCUGUAGAGUUGAGCAAAGCUAUUAAGAUGUCCGUCGGAGAUGGUGGAUCCCAAAAGAAGCAGAUGGAUUCUUUCAUUGCUCAUAUCACAAGAUGAUUAAUGACGGAGUUGAGGGGUUGAUUUGUCGUAUAAUUACUUAGAAUAAAUUUCUUUAGCAACUUAGAUUUGGUUAUUUUCGUUUUUAAAAUUACGUUAUUGUUAUUAUCGUCCUUUUAAGUCUUGAGUGAAGUGGGUGUUGAGAAUAGAUAUUAUCUUUGUGAUGAGUUUGUUCAAGUCUCUAUUAAAGCACAACACUUCCACCUAAUAAAACAAGCGAGUAUUUUCUUUUUUUAA